AUGCUAGCCAUAUCGCUCUUCUUUGCUUUUGCGCUUCCUUCUCUUGUACACUCCUUUCAUUCUCAUUCCUCUCAUUCUCACUCGCAAAGCACGCCGGCAAACUCGUCUACGCCUUCAGGAUGGAAUACCACAACGUCUCUGACCACAUCUGAGCGUCAGACUCUAGCGCAAGAUGCCGCAGAGCGGCUGCUGCCUGCGAUCGAUCCCUUGACGGGCAGAAUAGACACCCUGAGCUUCAGCUCACAGGACGUCAAUUUAGCUGCCGUAUUGGCUCUACAAGACUAUCAUAGCGGAACUCAUGCCUACGAAGAGAUUUUGGGGAACAUGUUCGCCGCCUACUUCUCAACUCACAACGACUCUUUCCUAUCCUCACUUCCCUGCGUGGCGAAGUCACUCACACGAAGCGAGAAGCAUGGAAACAACGAGGACAUUCAAUGGGGCUUAUCAGCCUACUAUGCGUAUCGCGCGUACUCCAAUGAGUCCUUCCAUAACAUAGCCAAGGACUCAUGGGAACGGGUAUCCGCUUAUAUCAUAGGCGCGGAGAACACGAGGGACGUUCGCGCCGAUGGCUUGUGCCCUUCCUCUCGUGGCCAUCUCGAUGAACAACCGAAUAUCGGUGCUGUGUUCAUGUUUCGCGAUGCAGCCAAUGACACUACCGUGAAUACUCAGACCAUGGGUCCUUUCAUGGCCCUCGGCGCCUACCUCUACGAGAGCAAUACCAGCGACACCCGCUACUUGGCGCUCGCCAAUCUGACAGGAAACUACCUCCGUCGGCAUCUCUACAAUGGAGCCAUCAUGCUCGAUACAUCCACUGUCGCUACGUGUACUCUUGAUAACACAACUAUACUCACGUACAACACCGGCUACACUCUUGAGGGGAUCUCCAUCCUGGCCAAUCAGAGCUUCGGAGGAGAUAAUGGAAGCGAGCUUCAGAUGUACAGUGACUGGCUCAACGACAUGGUACCGUCGGCGAUCAACUUUGCUGGAUGGACAGGUAGCGACGGUGUGAUAUUGGAAGAGAACGCCGACCCUGACAACUGGCAGAGUGGGCUCAAAGCCGUUUUGGUGCGAGGGUUGCUUGAAGCGCGUUCACGCAACGCAAAUGCCACGUGGGCACCGCUCGUCGACGACUUCAUCACUGUACAGUUCAAUGCGCUGCUCGCCUCAGUUGAAGCGGGUAGCAAUGACACGUAUCCAACAGACUGGCGCAUGGUCUCGAACAGCACCCUUGACUACCCAGGGAGUAUCGCUGCUUUGGAUGUCCUCAAUGCGGCGAUUGCCACUAGAUCAUCCAACUCGUCGGACUCGUCGUUCCAUUGGCAUGGCGAAUCGCGCGACGAUUCACAUGACGGGCGACACAAAGGCAACACCACCACCAUCGUGGUCGUCGCAGUCGUUGUGGGAGGAGUAGUGGUUCUGGCGCUCAUUGCCGCAGCGAUCGUUCUUGUCCGUCGUCGCAACAAACAUGCCGCGACGUUCCGCGAGAUGCAGGAGAUUGACGCCGAACAACCCUCUCCCACUCCGAUUGAUCCAUUCGUGCUUGACAAGGAAUCGACAUCACAAUCCGUCUCCUUAUACAACGAGAAAGGCGGCUACGCCAAUCUCGGUUACGGAGCGGCAGAUGCGACUACCCAAUGGUACCAGGCGUCUAUUGGGCCGACAGCGCCGCCCUCUUCGAUCGCAGGCACAUCGACUAGUGAAGGAUCUUAUGCAUCCUCUCAUGUGCUAGGGAUAGCCACCGUACUGCAACGCGGCACGCCGGUGUUUCUAGCGACAUCUCAUCUUGAGCAAGAUGCUCAUGAGGGCGCAUCGCCACCACGAUACCAAGACGCGGCCACCUAA